AUGAAAUUAUUCCCAGUUUCUGGAGUCAGAUCUUUGACACAGUAUUAUCAAAUUCGAAGAUCCUCCUCCUCGGUUUUUAGUGCUCUACAGCAAGGACCAGUAAACUCUCAAGUUAUUGAUGAACUUCUCAAGAACAAAAUCUUCUCAGAUGUGGAGCUUGCGGACCUCCACAAGAUCUUAAAAUCCGACGUGUCUUCAGAAGUGGCCAACGAAGUCUUGCGUUAUGGUUUGCCUCAAGAUUUCUCUCUCUAUCAUACCCUUUCCAAGCUUGAAAAAUCACACCCGUGGAAUGAUCAAGCUCUUCUUUCACUUAUAGAAAGCAAUCCGGGAAGAGUCAGCACGCUGUUGGAGCUAGCAAAGAAGCAUUCGAACGGAUCAGUGAGCCAUGCUAUACGACAGGCUAUCCUCAAAAAAUUGUUAUAUGGUGAGAAGGUGGAGUUGAGAGAUGGUGAGUUUGUCCUCGAUGAAGAGAACAUCACCAAGGCCAUCGGAAUCCUCAAUGAGCUCGAUGGUGUCUGGUCCAACGAGGAGUUCAUGGACACGAUUUUUGACUUUCUUGUUUCCAACAAUGCAGCAGCCGGUUUGAGUCUUUUGGAGCUUGAGGGUGUGGUGGAGUGGUUGAAUCACCAGAAGCUUGCAUCGGUAUCGGACAAGGCAGCAUUUUUGCAUGUUGCCAGAAUCGUCUUUGAUGCCAAUCCUCAGCUACUAUCCAAGGAGACGUUGAGCAAGAUUUUGGGGUUCAGUGCAGAAGUAAAGACGUUUGAGCAUGAAACGAAAGCGAUUGGUAUUCUUACACGUCUUGGAUUCUCGAAAGACAAACUCCAUGAGAAUGUUCAGCAAAUGAAGCAAUUUUCCGAGGAUGUGUUGAAUUACAUUGAAAGCGGACACCUUGAUUUGGAUAAGAAGGAUGCAGAGGCGUUGCUUUUGAGGAUGCAGCUCAUCACCACUUACGGUAUCGAUCAGAACAACAUUCAGAAAGCACUUGAGAAGUUCCACACGUAUCAGUCACUCGAGAAGUUUGGAAUUGAGCUCGUACAGAGCAGACUCGUUCAAGCAUUCUGCUACCAGUCAUUCAAACACUUUGAUGAGAUGUCUUACAAAAUUGCCGAGACAUUGAUUGUAGCAGACGAGCUUCCGGUGUCAACAAUCUGUCAACUUAUCCUUGCAUCCAGCCAGUUUGACGGUGAACGUUCGCUCCAAAUCUACAACGACUACAUCGGUCAGGUGUCAAAAAAGCUCAAUCCUGAUACUCAAAUAUCAGCUGCUGGAAAGCUCACACAGGCUAUGAUGAUUGCUAGUGUUUAUGAGAACGAUCGAGAGUUUGCUCAACUAUUAUUUGAGAAAGCCGUGACUGCGGGAAUAGUUAACGAGGAAGAAAUUCCUGCCUUGAAAAGCGUGCUUAAGGUCUACGGACAAGCAUUUGAGGAAGAUUCUUGGGAGAAGGCAAAGCCAAUUUUGCUGGAGUAUGUUCUUGCCAACAUCAAGUCUAUGUGA